AAAGAACUAUCAAAUUAACGGAAAUUCAUUAAAUAGUAAUCAUACCAGGAAGUCUGCAUUAUCUAAUUUGUGAAAUUGUGCAGUUAUGAUGAACAGGGAAAUUAGUUUAAAUAUAAUUAGCCUAUAUAUCGUAGACAGUUCAUUUAGUGACUGUUUUCUGUGUGUGUCGGACUUUAGUGUGCUAAUUUAAUUUAAAAUGAAGUUUAUUAUCAUAUUGUUGUUAGUGCAAGCCAUAACUAUGAUGACCGUUGUCAAGGCGCAGAGAAACUCAAAUCUAUCGAACCGAAAGCCUGUUGUAGAUCUAAAAAAAGAAAUAAUAAAAGCGACGCGCAAACUGCCAGAAGAGAGGCGAAAGUCAUCAAUUUUCCCAAAGAAUACCCAAAAGUUUGUCAUCACGUCACCACCGUAUUCUAAAGUACGCUCAUAUACGCCUCGACCAAUAUUUAUGACAAAGAAAACCUUUAUGCCAGUAUACAAGCCAAGCAUUACAACAAGAGAAUCAGUGACUGUAUCUCCACUAAUGAGAUCUUUUGAUUCAGUUGGUAGUUGGCCAGCAAAAGUGCCGGAGUCUAGAAUUCAUCGAAGAAUUAUAGGAGAAAAAUAUGUAAAUAAUAGUAAAGGCCAUAAAAUUAAUCAAGACAAAGAUUUUGAUAAAGAGAAUCAAAUCAAAGAUGAUGCCGAAGAAAUAUCAACGGGAUUACCUGAAUUUGCUGAUGAAUUAACUGAGGAUAAUGAAAACAAUGUUCUGGUAGAUUUUAAUGCGCUAUCAGAAUUAGAUAACGAACGAAUCAAACGCUUUGCAGUACAUGGCCCUGUCCAUAUACAUGAUAGUUGGAAUUUGAAAAACAUAGCACGGGUUCCUAGUGGCAAUAACAAUGAGGCUGAUGAUGAAGAUGAAUUUAUUUUCCUGGAUAAAAAGACUGAGAGUAAGCCAUCUAAUUCUAAUAAAUUAUCAUCACAUAUUUCUUCAAAAGCAAAAAGGAAUGUCAACGUGAUAGAAGAGGAAGCCAGAGUUACCCCUGAGCCACACUUCAGCAUUGGUCGCGAAGCUAAGCUGAAUAGCGCUGCGGUAUUCAAUAAUAUUCACGUCUGAAUUAUUUAUAAGGAAAACUGUUACAGCAGGUCGUUGUGUUGCGACUUCCUCGGUGCCAUGUAAAUGUAACUAUAAAUAUUCAAGUGCGCAUUGCUUGAAUUGUUUUGUAUAAAUUAUAAAUUCCUCAGAUCAUUCUUUAAUACUCGUAGUUACAUAGAGUAGUUAGUACUUUUACUGUUAGUAAUGAGUACUAUUUGUAUUAAGCAUAUGAUUUGAUCUACUCAAUGAAUUUUAGCAUUAAGUGCGAAAUUAUUUAAUUUUAUGUAUAGGUAUGUAGUUGCAAGUCUAUGUGAUAUUUUAGGUUAAGCUUAAACAUAAAAAAUAUAAUAAAAAAGCACGUUAUGUAUU